UUCAUCAAUUUUAAAACAAGAACGACCUCAUAAAUUAAUGACGUAUGGUUUUCAUUAUAGAUGCAAUGUUAUGAUUUUAUAUUUAUUUCGAUUACAACAAUAUUAAUUACAAAAAAUGUCUGAGAAACUGAAAAAGGGGCGAACAAAAUCGGAAAAUUUCAAAGAGGAGAAACUGUCGGACUUGGCUUCCAAGAUUGACGAGACUGACGAAAUGAAACUAAAAAUGUUGGCCGCAUUAGAAAAGCCGGAGCCAGAUGACCUGUUGUAUCCACCUGAACUUAAUGCUCAUUUACUUGAACAGCUCAAAGUGAUGACAGCAGACAACAAUGAACUCCGCAAAUGCGUGUUCCUCAAAGACCAGAACAUAGAAGAAUUAAAGAAGACUAUAGCAGAUCUGAACCAGAGGAUACGUGACAUAAUAUCUGGUUCAGGGCCAGCAAUAUCCUCAAAAUCCGCUGGAAUUAUCAGUGCAAAGAUAACAGAACUUUGCAAACAGAAUCGACAUUUGGUUGCUGAGAUAGAAGGCUAUAAAACGAAAAAUGCUGCACUGGAAAGGAAGGUUAUGCAGCUAGAUAUCCUUAAUAAAGAACAUGAGAAACUAGACCUCUGUUUGUGUAAGGAUGAACCUAUUGACGUGAACCCUGACGAACUCAAAGAACUGAACAGCAAACUGUCUUUAGUCAACAAAAAACUUUAUGAAAGUAAAAAUAGGAAUCUGGAACUGAAAAAUGAUAUUCUGAUGGCCACGAAAAUACUUCAGCAGGAGUUAGGACACAAGUUUACCAGUAUCAAGGAGUUGCAGAAUGAUGUGGCGGGUUGGAAAGGAAGGGCACAGCAGAUUGUGUUGUUGCAAGCUAAAAUUAGUGAGCUUGAGGAUAAAUUGAGUGGAAAACAGCAACAGCAACAGAAAGCAGACAUAAACUAUGCAGACGUGAAGAGGAAGGAUCAGGGGCAGAUUAUUCGAGAACUAGAACAUAGAAAGAGGAAAGAAAUGGAACUCGCGUUAAAAGAUAUCGAUAGCCUUAGAGAAGAGAAUCACGAAUUGAAGAGAAAACUUGACGGUGCAAGGUGUCGAAUCAGGAACCUUGAAUGCGAUGCGACAACGAUCAGGCAAAAGAUGCAGACGUUUUCGGAGAAAAGUAGCCAUGAUGACAUGUUGAUCAAUGAGCAAAGGAACCAAAUAAAGACUUCAGAGUUGUAUUACCAAGAUAUACUCAAAGAAAACACAUCGAAAAUGAAUAGAAUGAACGCUGAAAUCGGUGAAUAUAAGAAACUUGUCAAAAACACCGAUGCCAAAAUAGAUGCUUUACGGAAACAAGCGUCAGAGAAGACUGCGAAAAUCGAAGAGUUGAGAGCUCAACUGUUGAGGUACGAAGAAUGCUCUUUACAAAGCAUAUUCUUUACUCCAAUGAAAACUGCAACAGACAAUGAGAUUAAAAAACUGUCAGAACUUGUUGUUAUAUUAAACACGAGACUAGACAACGAAAGACACAAAUGGGAGGAACUAGAAGACACUCAUAGAAAAAUCAAAGAAAAGAAGAGACGGUUGGAAAGACGACUUUAUUCCUUAGAAGAUGAGGUACGACAGCUGAAAGAAUCUGGAUCGAAGAAAUGGUCAAAGCAUUCAAAGAUGGGUUUAAAAGAACAUUCUGAUGGAACUAAUGGGUCCUCCACUAUUAUGCAACGCCGACAGUCUUCAAUUGGCAAUGUGCCUGAGAAACCAAGUGAGUCUACUACUGAUUCGCAGCCAGGAGAAGAUAAUCUCGACAAAGACGAUCUGAAAUACAAGCUGGAAUUGACAGAAGAAAAGUUAAAAAUAUUAGAGGAUAAACUAAAGAUGAUCGAAGAAGAAAAGCAAUAUGAUUACAAUCACUUAACCGAAAUGAUUCAAACGUCAAAACAAUUAUUCAAUGAAGCGCUGUCUGUGCUUCAAAAGGAGAAGUGUUUGUGUUCGUAGUGCAUUUUAUAUGUUAUUUAUUUUUGUUUAAUUACAUAGGUAGUGGAGAAUAAAAUGUUUUAUUUUAUUUGGAACUCAAGUAAAACUUAUUUACUUA